CCCAAUAGGAGGAACAAAACAGAAAAAUUCAGGUGAAAAGAUGAAGAAGGCAAAUAAUGAAUCCUCGCUGACCAACAAUAGAAAGAAAGAUACGGAAACCUCAAAAUACCCCCAAAAACAUUUGCCAACCGUUCCAUUUCGAGAUUAUCCCAAAACUGCUACAGAUGUUGACGGAAGAAUGACGCGAAGAAAGAGUGAGUCGUUUAUGGACAAUGCUGGAAAGAAAAAGCCAGAGAUAAUCGACAAAAGUCCGCGAGAACAACCGAGAGUACAGUCAGCUGGACUUAACCUUUAUGAUGACGUUCCCAACGAAAAAUCAGAUGAAAAGAAAACGGUCACUGUAUCAACUGUAGAUGAAAGAAUGACGAGAUCAAAGGGUCAGUCAUCUAUAGACAAUGCUGGGCAGGAAAAGCUAGAGACAACAGUCAAAAGUCCGAGAGAACAACUGGGAGUACAGCUAGCUGAACUUCACCUUUAUGAUGACGUUCCCACCGAAAAUACAAACGAAAAGAAAACGGUCACUUUAAUAAACGUUGAAGAAAGAAUGACAAGAACAAGGAGUGAGUCGUCUAUGGACAAUGCUGGAAAGAAAAAGCUAGGGAAAACUGACAAAAUUCCGCGAGAACGAACGAGAGUACAGUCAGCUGAACUUUACCUUUAUGAUGACGUUCCCAACGAAAACAAAACGGUCACUGAAACAACUGAUGAUCAAAGGAAUUCGAAUACUACUGUUGGAAGCUCAGAGCAUAUUUUAAAGAGAUCUAAUGAAACCACAAAACAAGAGAGAUGCCGGGCUGCUAAAUACGAAAGCUACAAAGAGGCUGCAGAUCUUUAUGUGGAACGCCUUUGAUACUUCGUUUGUGUUUUCAUUGUUUUGAUUUCAUCAUUUUAAUGUCCACUGGUCGGUAGACAAAAAAAAACCUACAUAUUGUUCUGCACUAUAGUUUCGUCUGUCUAUUUCUUUGUCUUUCAGCAAUGUAUUCAACGUUCUCAUUUCAGUUAG